UCUGGCUGACAUUCCAUCGUAAGAUUCUCACAGUGAGGCAUGGGUGUUUCCCUGGACAUGUCUCUUGUUUACAGUGAUCCAAGUUCUCCUCGACUACUUUCUCAUGACAGUAAACUAGAUGGAUGCCUGUCCAAAGAAGAGCAGCCUUAUAUUCCAUACAGACUAGCGAAAUUAUAUAUUACCAAGGUUGCAAAAGACAUGCAUCAGAUGAAAACUGGGUACAUGAAGGCAAUCAAAGAGCUGGAGCAUGCAGGAAAAGAAAAUCAGGAACAAGCCAUAAUGACAUUGAAAAAUCAAUACAGCAACAAAAUGAAGAACCUGAGAGCUCAUCUGGAGGCCUAUCAGGAGACAGUAGAGAAGAAAAACCAAUACUGGCAAGACACAACAAAGAGACUAAAGGAAGAAAACAGAAACUUAAGACAAGAAAAAGAAGAUCUUGUAAAUCAGAUCACACUGCAAAAGGAGAACUGGGGUGACGAAAAGGCUUGGCUGCUAAAAAGAAACACUCAAAAGCUAGACUGUCUGUUUACUCAACAUACCUUAACUAUCAAAGAACUUCAGAGGAGUAGACUGAAUCUUGAAAAAGUGCAGAAAAUUGUAGAUUUCCAGAUGGACUUACCUUGUGAUCAGCAAAGAGCAUUAAUCAUAUCAGAUGAGGUGGAGAUGGAGGAAGCGCAUAAUUGUUUGCCACAAAAGAAACUGCUGUUGGAAGUAAAAACCACACUGGAGCUGAUUAAAGGGUCUUUACACAAACAAGAAACAGAGAUCAGUGAACUUCUACAAAAUGAACAUUGGUGUAACUCUCAAAUUACAGAAACAUUCUUGGCAGAAUGA